CGCCGCUGCUGUAGAGAAAAGGAAAUCGCCAUGGGACGUGCAAAGCUUAAGCUCAUUUAUCAAGAGAACUUUCGCACUCGGAUCAAAACCUACACGACGAGGAUGAAAGGGUUAAAGAAGAAGGCCAAUGAGCUCUCGGUCCUCUGCGGCGUCGAUGUUCUUCUGGCUUCGUUUUCCCCAGAACUGAACACCUUAGAGCUCUGGCCGGAGGACACAAUCGAAUUCAGCCGUAUCAGGGAACGUUUUCUCAGCUUUAGGAUGAAGAAGAUCUGCAGUUGCGAUCAUGAAGGAAAUGGCAUCACAGAACAGCAAAUCUCGCAGAGAACGACGCCUGCUUCGCUUUCUUUGUCUUCGUUCCAUGAAGAUAAAGCAGCCAUGGAAAUCAAAUUACAAGAGGUGCGCGAGAGGCUAGAGUUCCUCCAACGUCAACGUCAAGAGGAAGCAGAGCGACUUCAGGCGCAGUACGAGGCUUCCAAGGCUUUGCAACAGAUCCAGGAUCUUCACCGUCGCCAACAAUCUUUUUCAUUUCCCGGAUGUCUUCCUCCUCAUAUUACUGCUGAUUUCGAGAUUCCACUGCAACCGGAACUUUUCCCUCAUCAAAAACUUUCUCCUUUUGCCCAAUUUCUUCCUCUUCAUGUACAGCCUUCUCCAUUUGCCCAAGAUCUUUUUCCUCGGCAUGAUUUCAAUAAACCUCUGCAGCAGGAUUUUCAUCCACACGAGCAAGCUUCACUAUUUUCCCAUUCUCUUCUUCCUCAUGAGCAACCUCUGCUAGUUCCCCUAUUUCUUUCUCCUCAUGAACAACCCCUUUCAAUUUCCCUAUCACUUUCUGAUCAGGAACAACCGUCUCCACUUUCCAAAUCUACUCCCCCUCAUCGUGAUGCUGAUUUCAAUAGAGAGGAUGCACCAGCUUCCCUGCUGCCUUUUGACUCCCCUUUGUGGAGCAACUAUGAGUGCUUGAGUUGGUGUGACAACCUUCUUCUGGAUUAUGAGACCGAAUUAUGA